AUGCGCGAAACGUACACGUACACGUUCACCGUCCGCACCCGCGCCGCCGGCCUGGGGAAGCACGGCACAAUCACUCGCGCGGCGCGGCGGCGCCUCGCCCACUUCGGCUGUAUCGCAGUCAAGGGGGACACGAUCACGAUCAACGUGGCCCCGCAGAGGUCGGGCGAGUAUACCGCGCUCCAGGUGAUUGACGACGUCAUCAGCGAUAUGGAGUCGACCGAGUUCGCCGUGCACAUUUCCGUCUCGUCGCCCGACGCCCAUAGCUCCCAGAGAUGGCUCCCGGCCUACCACCCGCGCCCAUCCGCGCACCUGCGCCGGCUGUGCUUGCCCCGCCUCGUACCGCUUCGAUACCAAGCGCAAGCCCCGCGGGAGUUCGGCGCCCUGCAGCGCAUCACCACCACCCGGUCCGCGCCGCCCUACGAGGACAUCGAAUCGGCCGAUGCGCUGUGCCGCCACCUCGCGGGCGUCGCGCGUAUCUGCUUCGGUGGCGACUGCAGCACCUCGCGGCGGUGUACCUGCUGGGACGCGCGCAACAUGCCAAAAUACAACAAGCCCGGCGCCAAUCGCACCAAGCUGAAAGAGUAUCGGGAAAAGUUCAAGGCUAUCCGCGACGUUCUGGCCGCACGAGAGCGAGAACUCAGGGCGGGGGAACGCGCCGCGCUCAACGUCCUGCAUAUCGCUGAAGGCGCGCGCACCCUCCCGCAGGAGGUGCUAGACAUGAUCUUUGGAUUCCUCGGCCUCGGUCAAGGCGUCUACACGCUCAGCUUCAGCACGCGAAAUGCGAGCCUCAUCGGCCCAGCGCGCGGGGAGUGCAUGAACAAGCCUGUGCGGCGCGUGGCCAAGCCGUUCGCGUGCAUGAAGGCGCGCUGCGUACGCCCGGGCACGAGCGCAAGCUUGACCAUCGCCAUCCCGCCACGGGCAAGUAGGCAGGGAGACGAGGAGGACGCGUUCCGCGCCGCGGUGGACAUGCUCAACGCGCUCGAGAUCGUCGAGCUCGAGUUCGACAUCGCCCUGGCCGUAGAGGACGAGUACGGAGCGUCCGUGGCGGGCGUUGUCGUCGGCCCGCUCGUCGCGCCAGCGCUGCGGCGGCUCCGCGUGCCGUACCCCGGCGCAUUAUGGGCGCUUGACCGCGCCGCGUUUCCAGCGCUGCAGCGGGUCGAGGCGGCCCGCAGUAGCGGGGUACAGCACGCGAUCGACUGCGCGGAGAAGUGCCUCUCGCUCCCGACGAUCACGACAGCGUGCCUUGCGCAGUGCGGCAACGCGCCAUGUACCUGCUGGGACGACGUCGACGCGGCCGAGAUCGCCUGCAAGCCGGGCACGGCGCGCCGCCUGCGCGCGCAGUAUCGCAACAAGGCGGCGCGUAUCAGCCGGACGCUGGCGGCGCGCAGGCAGGCAGCCAAGGAAGCGCAGGUCACGGCUCUGGCGGUGAUGUACCUCGCCGACGAUACGCACCUGCCUCGCGAAGUGUGGGAUAUGGUCUGGGCACAUGCUGGGCUCAGCGAGCAGCAAGUGGCCCGCGCGACCGAGCUCGGACGGGGCGACGCGACGCUCGCACGCCGCGCGGCGGCCAUGGCCCGGCUUGAGGGCGAGGCGUUUCGGACUGCGAUGAGUGAGUGGCUGGUCGACGAGGGGUUUGGGCCGGCCCCAGCGGCUGAGGAAGGGCUUGGCGCGGAACAUGAGGACGACGAGGACGAGGACGAGGAAGAGGGAGAGGACGAGAAGGACGGCGACGAGGACGAGAAGUAG